AUGCUGGGCUUAGCUUCUUCUAAUAUGUCCCGGGAAUUCUACCGGUUCACGAAGGCCCUGGGCGAGUGCAGAUCCAAGGAGGAGGAAGAGCGCGUCGUCCUCAGCGAAAUCAGCGCGCUGAAGAGUCUCGUGCUUGUCAAGGACGUGCACCGGGAGCGCAGGAAGGAGUACCUGGUCCGCGCCGUUUACGUGGAGAUGCUGGGAUUCGAGGCGCCUUUCGCCCACAUCCACGCCAUCAAUAUGGCCCAGGAGCGCAGUUUGGUGUGCAAGAAAGCAGGCUACUGGGCAUGCCGCCAGCUGCUCAAACCGCAGUCGGAGCUGAUGCUGCUUCUGAUCAACACCAUCCAGAAGGACCUGCAGAGUCCCAACUUUGCAGACAUUGUCUGCGCGCUGCAGUGCGUCUGCGACCUCGUCAACCGCGACAUGAUACCCACGAUCCUCCCGUGCGUGUUGCGCUGCCUCGAGGUCGACAACGAGCACGUUCGGAAGCACGCCAUGAUGGCCGUCCGCAGCUUCAACGAGUUCGACAGCACUUGCGUGGAGAAUUUGUGUGGGAUCAUCGAGCGCGGUAUCUGCGACCCGAGCCCUGCGGUGAUGACCUGCACCUUGUCGCUGCUGCAGGAUGAGAUCGCAACACGUCCCCGGGGAUAUCGUCACCUGGUCCCGUCUCUGGUGUCGAUCCUGAACCAGAUAGUAGACCGUCGUCUGAAUAACGCGUACGACUACCACCGGGUGCCGGCGCCGUGGACGCAAAUCGCAAUCGUAUCGAUUUUCGGCAUUAUGGGAAAAGGCGAUCGUCGCCUGUCGAGCCAGAUGUUCGAGUGCCUGCAGAGCGUCGUGCAGCACGCGGAAAUACUGCCUCCUGCCGCAUCCGUGAUAGCAAACGCGAUCAUUUACGAGUGCGUCAAGACGGUAUCGAUGAUAUCCCCGCGUGAGUCCCUGGCGACGAUGUGCUCGAUCUCUGUAUCGCGCAUGCUCGGGUCGGAGAACAACAAUCUGCGCUAUGCCGGCAUCGCGGGCCUGGGGAUAUUGGUUGGCCUGAAUAUGUCUUACGCCGCUGAGAACCAGCUGGUUGUUGUGUCCUGCCUCGAGGACCGCGACGAGACCAUACGCCGACGCACUCUUGACCUGCUUUAUCGGAUGACCAACUCGAAGAAUGUGACCACGAUUGUCGGUUGCUUCCUCGGGCACCUGCGCACUAAGUGCGAGCGGUACUGGCGUUCCGAGCUGGUCAGCAAGAUAUCGCUGCUCUGUGAGAAGUUCGCCCCCAGUGCAACGUGGUACAUGGAGACGGUGCUGGAUCUCAUGAUGAUCUGUCCUGACCUUGUAAAAGACGAACUGUUGUUCAGCACGGUGAAUGUACUGAAGGAAAACUCAGGCGACGUGGCGUUUCGACGUGCUGUGCUGCGUCAGGUGGCAGACCUGGUUAAGCGAGCGGACGUUUUGCCCGAGAUUGUAGUAAAGGUGGUGAGCUGGGUAUACGCCAAUUGCGCAUUGUGUCCCGAUGAUGUUAGUGGAGGCGAAUGUGAUGGCGACGAUUUGACAGUGGCCCCUGGUGCCAACUGUGGCGUCGACGGAAAUGAUGUAGAACUAGGCAUGUCGAAUGCUGCUGAAAACGAUGUGGCCGAUGCAACUGUCGAUACCGAUGAGACUUCGCACAACGACGAAUCACAUAAGCCAUCGGAUCAUGCGACUGAAGUGCCAGAGGCCAACCAGACGGGCGUUGGAGACGGUGGCGCUGCUGACGAGGCGACGGACAGCCCAGCCGAGAAUUCCGCAACUGCAUCAGAUAGCACGUUAUCAACAGGGCGUUCGGGUCAGUCUGAAGCGGGAGAGCUGGCUGCAGCUAACUUUGACGAUUACAUCGACAUUUUGCUUCAGUUUGUGCUGAGGUACCGUCAGAAUAAUUCUACAGUGUGCUGGGUGCUGGGAUGCAUGCGCACCCUCAUUAUCGCAAAUGACUACAAGGUCCCAGAUGCAGUGGUGUCAGUACUGUCCCAACUGGAAUGCUCGAACUGCACUGAAGUGACGCAGCGGUGCAAGGAGAUCCGUAGCCUCUGUGAUUUACGACCGCAACUCAACUUGCGGCGAAACGAUUAUGACAGCAAGUUGACGUUCCUGGAAAAUUACGUGCAGACCCGUAUUGCCGGUGGAGCCCGGUCUUAUUCGAAGCCGAGUUCCGAGGUUGCAAGCGAAUCCGCCCCGGCACACCUGAGCCCGGUUCCUGAGCUUCGUUUUGAACCCUAUGCCAUGAAGCCAUCCCAAAUGUCGGAGUACCGCGAGACCCUGACCACAGAAGAUUUGGUGAACGAGGAGAUCAUUUGCUCCGAUGUUCCUCGCAGUUGGGGCCCAUCCGGUUACGUGGACAAGAAGGCACUGCAGGCGGAUGACGAUGACGAUACCAAAGUUGAUCCAUCAGCUGCUCCCUACCUUUCAGGGAUCACAGGUGCCGCGCCAGCAGACGCCGACAGGACCCGACCAACUGUGGUCGAACCUUCGAUUGACAUGUCUAUUCUGUCCCUUGGUAGUCGUGCACCAAAGCCUGCCGAGCCUAAAGGGUACGUCUGGAAGAAGCCUGAGCCGCGUCUUGUAAGUAGGGAGCAAAUUCAGAUGGCUCGUGCUCUGUUUCAGGGCCUAGACUGCUCUGACGAGGCUGACGACCCUAGCACGGCAAGCAACUAG